UCCACAGCGGCGUCGACGCACAUUCGGCACGGACGUAACUCGGCUGGUGGUUACGCGCAAGUGCGACUCCAUUCGCAAAACACUUGUUUUUUUUUUUUUUCUCUGAUUCGCGAAACACUAGUUUAUUUUCUCUCUGAUUCGCAACACUAGUUUUUUCUCUCUCUCUCUCUCUCUCUCUCUCUCUCUCUCUCUCUCUCUCUGAUUCGCUUGAAAAUGUUGAACGCUUCGUUUUGUCGGAAGUGAGCAUGUUUACAUAUAUUUCAAAAUUACUUUCGUUGCCGUAGCAUCGACAGUCGUAUUACAUUUAAACUGUUGUUAAAAACACGUGCUUCGUUUUUUGCAGUGUCAUCGAAAAAUAUGGGUUUCACAUUUAAAGUACAAGGAAAAAUAACCUUAGAAUUUUGUCCACACACUCGUGAUCAAUUAUGUGUAUGUGAAAUACAAGUGCAAUCUCUUAAAAAUCAUUCCACAGCUGUGUUUACUUCCUUUCUGUAGUUGAAAUUCCACUUAUUCCAGUAGAGUUUUUUUUUUUAAAUAUAAGGCGAAUUGUGCAAAUCUUUGUUUCCGAAUACGGGACGAGUUUUCGCUGAUCCUGAGAUACCGUAAGAGCUGCUUUCGGGUGUAAGACGAGAUUCGUUGAUCCUGAGUUGCUGUCGCUGGCUUUUGAGAGUGAGGCUUGAUUCGCUGAUCCUGAGAGGCUGUUCGCUGUUCUCGGGUGUAGGACGAUUUCUUCUGGAACGGAGUAGCUGUCACUGUUCUUGAGUAUAGGACGAUUUCUUCUGGAACGGAGUAGCUGUUCGCUGUUCUCGAGUGUAGGACGAGUUCCGCUGGAACGGAGUAGCUGUUUGCUGUUCUCGAGUAUAGGAAGAGUUCCGCUGGAACGGAGUAGCUGUUUGCUGUUCUCGAGUAUAGGAAGAGUUCCGCUGGAACGGAGUAGCUGUUUGCUGUUCUCGAGUAUAGGAAGAGUUCCGCUGGAACGGAGUAGCUGUUUGCUGUUCUCGAGUAUAGGAAGAGUUCCGCUGGAACGGAGUAGCUGUUCGCUGUUCUCGAGUAUAGGACCAGGCGAAGCGCUGCUGUUUGCGAGCCGGCGAGCGUCGCGACGCCCCGACGAAGACGACGCCGUCUAACAUGCGGGUGUUGGCAACCGUGCUCUGCGCCCUGCAGGUGGCGCUGGCGCUGCCUGAGACCUACAUGGACGCUCUGCAGCUGGCGCGGCGGUGGGGGUACCCGUGCGAGGCGCACACCGCGGUCACGGAGGACGGAUACCUGCUCACCUUGCACCGGGUACCGCGCGGCCGGGAGGCGGGGACCGGUACUGCCGCCGCCCCCGCCGCCCCCGGCCCACCCGUGCUGCUGCAGCACGGCUUGCUCGCCGCCUCCGACCUGUGGCUGCUCCUGCCGCCGGGCAAGUCCCUCGCCUUCAUGCUGGCGGAUCGCGGCUACGACGUGUGGCUGGGCAACGUGAGGGGCAACGCGUACGGCCGCAGACACCUCAACAUGUCCGCCAGCGCGCCCGCCUUCUGGGACUUCAGCUUCCACGAGCACGGGCUGCUGGACCUGGCGGCCAUGGUGGACGCGGUGCUGGCGGCGAGCGGACACGAGCGCCUCCACUUCGUCGGCCACUCCAUGGGCACCAGCAUGUUCUUCGCGCUGGCCUCGCUGCGGCCGCGCUACGGCUCCAAGGUGCGCCUCGCCGUCCACCUGGCGCCCGCCGUCUUCCUGGGGCACAUCCGCAUCUUCGGGGCGCGCCAGCUGCUGCCCCACCGGGACGCCGUGUCGACGCUGCUGGACCGCCUGGGAGUGAGAGAGUUCGUCCGCCGCUCGCCGCUGGUCGCCAGGAUCGCCGAGGAGAUGUGCUCUGACGGCUCCCGCCUCAAGGGGCUGUGCAUCGCGCUCUUCGUGCUAACAUUCGGCGACGACAUGCAACACAUCAACAAGACGGCGCUGCCGAGCUACCUCAGUCACGUGCUGGCCGGAGGCUCCAAGAAGACCAUCCUCCACUUCGCCCAAGCGGCCGCCACAGGUCGCUUCCAGAUGUUCGACCACGGGCCGGCGGGCAACCGGCGGAAGUACGGCUCGGAGCAGCCUCCAGAGUACCCGCUCCAGCAGGUGACCACCCCCUGCUCGCUGCACUACGGCGCCGGCGACCUGCUCAUCGCCCCAGCGGUGAGCCCAGUAACGCAGCCGUCUGGCUGGUCACAGAGAGCGUUCAUCUAUACUAAUAUUAUAAUAAAGCUGAAGAGUUUGUUUGUUUGUUUGAACGCGCUAAUCUCACCGUUCUGGCGAGCCUCGGAAGCCGCUCGCCAGAGUGCUCAGAGUGAGUCGCGACGACGUGAAACUGUUGACGACUCUGGAAGCAGACGCGAGUGGUCUCUGUCGCAGGACGUGCUCCAGCUGGCGGCCAGGCUGCCUCACGCGGUCGGCACUGCUGAGGCGGCGCGCCCCAAGUUCAACCACAUAGACUUCCUGCUGUCGCUGGACGCCGACAAGCUCGUGUACGAGCCGGUUCUGGCCGCGAUGGCCAGGUUCUGA